AUAAAAAAUCAAUAAUAUACAAGUUUGAAAUUUACAUUUUUGAUUUGAAAUUAAAGAAUUAUAUUUUUUUGGUAAAAUUUUAAGGGAGAAAUAAUUUUGAAACUAUUAAAAUCAGUAAAAUGACUGACGAAGAGUUGCGGCAAAGAAAAUCAUCAAAUGAUAGAAAUAUUUCAGCCUCUGACGCAGAUGCUAAACAAGGUGACUCUGCUACAGCUGAUUCUGAAGAUGAUAAAAUUCCAGAAGAAAAAUAUAUAAACGAGUUAGCAAAGAAUCUUCCACAGGGAACAGAUAAGACCCCAAAAAUAUUAGAUACAACUUUAAAAGGUUUACCCGAUAAGUGGAGGAAUUGGAUCAUAAGAGGGAUAUUUACAUGGCUAAUGAUAUUUGGAUUUGGUUUAUUAAUUUAUGGUGGUCCACUUGCAUUGAUGAUCACAUGUUUAAUUGUUCAAGUUAAAUGUUUUGAAGAAAUUAUUUCAAUUGGAUACCAAGUAUAUAGGAUUCAUGGGCUACCAUGGUUUCGCAGUUUGUCAUGGUAUUUUCUUUUAACAUCAAAUUAUUUUUUCUAUGGAGAAAGUCUAGUAGAUUAUUUUGGCGUAGCAAUAAACCGAGUUGGUUAUUUAAAAUUUUUAGUCACAUACCACAGAUUUUUAUCAUUUUGUCUCUAUUGCAUUGGAUUUGUAUGGUUUGUUCUUUCUCUUGUUAAAAAAUAUUACAUGAAGCAAUUCAGUUUGUUCGCGUGGACUCACGUUUCCUUAUUGAUUGUUGUAACUCAAAGUUAUUUAAUUAUACAAAACAUAUUUGAAGGAUUGAUAUGGUUUAUAGUGCCUGUAUCUAUGAUAGUUUGCAAUGACGUUAUGGCUUAUAUGUUUGGUUUUUUCUUUGGAAAGACACCCCUUAUUCAACUAAGUCCAAAGAAGACAUGGGAAGGAUUUAUCGGUGGUGGAGUUGCAACAAUUAUUUUUGGUGUUUUUAUAUCGAUAUUCUUGUGCCAAUUUCAAUAUUUCGUUUGUCCAAUUGAAUAUUCAGAAACACUUGGACGUAUGACAAUGGAGUGUGAACCAAGUUAUUUAUUUACAAAACAAGAAUACAAUAUUUUAGGAAAUGUUUGGAAGCUGUAUCCUUUUGUUUUUCAUUCAUUAUCCUUGAGUGUUUUUAGCUCAGUUAUUGGACCAUUUGGUGGAUUUUUCGCAUCUGGAUUUAAACGAGCAUUUAAAAUUAAAGAUUUUGGAGAUAUGAUUCCAGGACAUGGAGGAAUAAUGGAUCGCUUUGACUGUCAAUUUUUAAUGGCUACAUUUGUAAAUGUGUAUAUUUCUAGCUUUAUAGCAACAGCAUCUCCAUCUAAAUUAUUAUCACAUAUACUAUCAUUAAAACCAGAACAACAAUUGCACAUUUUUAACUCAUUACGAGAGAAUCUCGAAAAUCGAAAUAUUUUAAAUUAGAGAAAGAAGAAUAUACGCAAGUUCAAAUUAGUAAGCUAUAUUACCUACGUUUAGAUUAUUAAAAACAAAUGAAAUUUUAAAUUUGUUGUACAAUGUUUAAAUAUUGUAGCUAUUAUUUCAUUCUAUGAUUAUUAUGGUUUUUUAUAUACAUUUCUUUAUUGAUAUAAAUUAUUCAUACAUAUAUAUAUAUAUGCAUAUGAAUAUUGAAUUAGUGAUUUUAUUUUUAAACUAAUAAUUUUAAAAUCUAUGCCGUAUUAUUUAUUAUAUGAUAAAAGUAACUGAAGAGAAAUAAAUUGGUGUAUAUUUUAUAUAUAAAAUAUCAUUUUCUACUACAAUUUUUACAAUGCAAAUUCAAACAAAUUUUUUUUUAUAUUUUAAGUAGAAAAAUUAAUGAAUGAUGUUCUUAGUAAAAAGGACAAAAAGCAAAAUAUAUAAUUAAGAUAAAAUUGGACUGGUAUCCAAAAUGAAAAAUAGGUGAAGUUAUUAGAUUUAAGGUAAUAUUUAAAUUGAACUGUUGAAAUUGAUCUUUAAAUUUCAUUUAAAAUCUAAAUAAUUCAAUGUUAUAUUUGUCUGUGUAUGUAGCUUAAGUCAAAUUACGCUAAUUGUUUAGCUAAAUAUUAAAAUAAAUGGAAUAAAUGUAUUAACAGUA